AUGUACCAGCUCCUGUUCUUUGUGAUGGUUGUCCUGCCCUUCAGUCCUGAAGCAGGAAAAAUCAAAUGGGGUAGGGAGGUCACACCCCACUCUCAGCCUUACAUGGCAUUUGUAAAGUUCUACGAUCUCCAGUUAGCCAAGAAGCGCUGCGGUGCUUUCCUGGUGCAAGACAACAUAGUAAUAAUGACAGCUGCUCACUGUAAUGGAAGCAAAAUAAAUGUCACCUUGGGUGCUCAUGAUAUCAAACAAAAAGAAAACACCCAGCAGGUCAUUCCUGUUGUCAAAGCCAUCCCUCACCAGAACUAUAAUAUUAAAACAAAGGUCAAUAACAUAAUGCUAAUGAAGCUAAAAUACAAGGCUCAACUCAAUGCAUAUGUGAACACCAUCGCCCUGCCAAACAGCCAAGACUGGGUGAUACCUGGGCAGGUGUGCAGUGUGGCAGGAUGGGGGAAACUGUCUAAUGGUCAACUUGCUGAAACUCUUCAGGAAGUGAACUUAAAAGUUCAGAAUGAGCAGAAGUGCAGAAACAUCUUUCCAAACUACAACAAGUCCAUCCAACUGUGUGUGGGAAACCCUAAGGACAAGAAGGCUACUGAUAGUGGUGAUUCCAGGGGACUGUUUGUGUGUAACAAUGUGAGCCAGGGUAUUGUCAGUUAUAAAUGUCACAGUGGGAAACUUCCUCAGGUCUUCACAAGGAUCUCAAGCUUUAUGCUCUGGAUUAAGAAAACAAUCAAACAGCUUAAGCAUCUCUAG